UGAGUGCAAAAUUGUGGGAGCAAUUAGGGUGAAAAUUGACAUAGCAUUGGAAAAUCCUUCCCCAAAUUCCAUCUGUGUUGGAGAUUAAGGAAUAAAGGUCACUGCUUUUCGAUAAUUCAAGCUACAACAACACUACAUUGAGGUGAAUUUCACAGUCCAACCAUGGAACCGGUGUCGAACGGUGAGGAACCCGCUUCAUGGGAUGAGCUAUACAACAUCAAUUUGAUGCCUUCCGAGUUGUUUCUCAAGUUCCGUAAAGAAGUUCAGGGCAUUCGUGUUGGUCUCAAUAUGGAGUUCUACAAUGCCCCAAGCAAUGAAUAUCAAGCAAAGCUUGUAUUGAAGCCUUUGACACCUGAAUGGAAAUGGAAGUUAAUUUAUGAGCCCAUCCAUCACGAUGUUCGCAUUCUUUCAAAAAAGAUCCCAGUUACCAAAUUCCUGAAUCUUCAGGUUGGUGUAGGGCACAAUUUUCAAAUGCACGCUACUGGUUGGAAAUGGAAGCUCACCACAUGUUUGGGGGGAGAUGGUGUAUCCAGGAUCCGAAAUAAGACGUCACUUGGUUUAUUUCCUGGCUUUGAUAUACGGUUUGGAUGGAGGGCAGACUAUGUUCUUCCUGAAAUUACUGGUGCUCUGGGUACUGAUGAGCCAUUGUUCAACAUGCAAUCGGGACGACUACAAGCAUCACUUGAUAGAGUUGAGGCCAUCUUAACCCACAGUGACGCUGAUUGAUUUUCGCAAUGAUGAUAGUAAAAGAGAAUGUAAGCCAGUUUCUGCAGGUUGUGCAAAUUUUGAAGAAUGUAACUGCCUGUUUGAAAGACCUACAAGCCUGAAAGUGGAGUUUAGUGGGUGCCAGUUGAUAGGAAGAAAACUACUCACUCAAGGACAGGGUAGUCAAAGGGAUUCUUUUUUUUUUUGCUCUGUGCUUAAAUAAUUGCAGUGUCAACUUAUUAACUUGCUUCGCCAGUGUGAUAUUUGUACAUGUGGCUGUAAUUUGUCUUUGUUUCCAAUCCAAAUUUGAAAUGUUGCAAAUUGCUUAUUAACUCCACAAAAUAAUCCUUCUUGGCUAGAGAGAAAGGACAAUUUUCAAUCAUGGUUUGCUUUCUAACUCGAUCUGCAAAAGAACCAGCUGAAGAUUGAAGAUGGCCUCCUGCCCAAUAAACUGCCUUGCAACGAGGCAGAGACACCAAGUGCAUGUUUGGGAAUUUUUCUACACUUAAUUUUGAAGUCAGAAUCAAUUUUGGGGUGUAAUUUCCGAGUAGCUUAUGGAUUUCAAAUUGAUCAGUGAAGCUGGUCCAAAUGUGCUAUAAGUGAACGUUUGGAUGUGAGCUAGAUACAAUAUUCUAUACAAUCAAGGGCAAAAGCUACUGAUUGUAGUUUCAUGAAGAACUGAUUAUGGGCUCAGUGAAAAGUGAAUCCACACACUGUAAGAAUGAUGAAUCCCUUUUCUUUGGUAAUGCUAGUUUGAAAUUCAUGGAAUGGCAAACUAAUAAAGGGGUUCCAGUAAAUACUCAUUCUAGGAAGUAUUUUUUUUGAGAAUGUGAUUGGUGUAUGUUGAUAGUUUGAAGUAGAAAUUAUGUUACAUGCUGUGGUUAUUUUUUAUGAUAAUGAUUCUCAUCACCUGCUAUUCAAAAUGUUUACGUUACCAUCACAUUCUCACUGACUGUUAUAAACAGUUCCAAGUAUUAUUAUUCCUAAUCAUCAUGUGGCCCUUGUAAGAUUUGAAUGCUUGCGGUGGGAAUAUUGCAUUGCAUUGCACUUUCUCGAAUGAAUAAAGUGGGGCCUGCUCUAUGCUAGCCGUUGUUAGCCAGUACAUAACGGCACCAAUUCACAUUCCUAUAAAUUUGAAAUUCUUCACCCUCUUCAAACCAUCAAAUUUUGACAAUAUUCUCAAGAAACCAACACCAAAAAUGGCUUCUUCCAAGCUCAGAAAGGCAUGCUCCUUCACCACCCUCCUCCUCUGCUGUCUAAAUUUCACUCUUUUCAUCCUUUCCGCCGCCUCAUUCGCACCCACCAUUCUCCUCAAAAUGCCCCCAACUUCCCUUGGCAUGGCAUUCCUCAUGGUUUCUAGCAUCUCACUUCUCUCAUCCUUCAUAGGCUUCUACUCCCACCUUACACACUUCUGUUUCCUCACCCACAUUUCCCUCACACUUGCCUCUUUGACAGGACAGGUUCUUGCCAUGUUAGCCUUGUUCACCAAAGAGAAAGCGAGCCUGACCCUUUUGAAGUCACCGCGGGAUCCAAAGGAAGCGAAGCUCUUGGUGAGGGUUGAGUGUGGGGCUUUGAUGGCCAUGUGCAUGUUGCAAAUGGUGGUGUUGGUGUUGAGCUGUGCAGUGCAUAGCUGUUUGGUGAAAGACUAUGAAGGAUUGGAAGCAGAGAAAGAGGCUUCAGCGAAGAAGAGGAGUAGAAGGGUUGCCAGAGUGCAAGAGGAAUCCAUGGCUAAUGCGAGCAAAAUUGCUGAGGUUAAGGAUAAGGAGUUUGAUGAGAAGAUGAAUAGCAAAUAUGGGAAGUGGGUGAAGACUGAUUUUGAACCAUGAGGCACCAUGGCAAUCUUGUUCUGUCUUCAUUCUACCUUGUACUUGCUCAGUGCAGAUUUUUGCAUGUUUGACUUUCAGUGUUUUCUUUAGUUACUUGUUGGUAAUGGUGUUGUCGUUUGUUCCAGUCACUGUGCCCAUUAAAUUUGAAUUAGCAUUCAAGAUAGAAGUAACCUGAAUUUCUAUUGAUUUGCAGCAUCCAAUUCAAUUCAUCUUGUUAAUGAAUAAUGGUUUCAACAUCA